AUGAACUUCCUCCGCAAGUCAUAUCCCCUCCUCCGCCGUUCCAUCGUCUCCAAGAUCCCUUCCCACAAACCCCAUUCUCCUUCUCCUCCUCUCUUCACUAGACCCAUCUUCAACCCUAACCUUCAUUCCACUAACAAACUCUUUUCCAUCAAACGUAUCCCCAAUCCAUUCUCCCAACGACGCCGGUUCUACCACUCCUACGAAGACGAGCCAGAGCACUGGUACCAUAAUUUCCGCGCCGUCCUCAUUGUCAUCGUAGUCAGUAGCGGAGCCAUCCUCACCAUCUACUUUGGUCGUUUUGAGACUGUUCCUUGCACUAAACGCUCACACCUCAUACUCAUUUCUCCUUCUUUUGAGCGAUUUCUCGGCGAGGACGAGUUUAAAGAGUUGAAGAAGAAAUUCAAGGACAAGAUCCUCCCCGCCAACCAUCCCGAUAGUGUCCGUGUCAGCUACAUUGCGAAUAGGAUCAUCAAAGCCCUUCAACGAGGUCUCCAACAUGACAAGCAGCUCAGGUCCACUUCCGAGGUCUCGUCCAAGGCGACUAAGAAGAAGGUGUCGGUGCCGCAGACGAACCAUUUGGAGGGAUUGAAUUGGGAGGUGCUUGUGGUGAAGGAUAAUUCUGUCAAUGCCUUUUGCCUUCCGGGCGGAAAGAUUGUUGUUUACACAGGACUUCUUCAUCAUUUCAAAAAGAAUGCUGAGAUCGCCACUGUACUUGGACAUGAGGUUGCGCAUGUUACUGCUCGCCAUGGUGCAGAGACGAUUACAAAGAACUUGUGGCUUGCAGUCAUACGGAUAGUCUUCAAGCUAAUUCUUCUAGAAUUUGACAUGCCUGAUCUUGUCAAUGAAAUGUCUACUUUUUUGCUGCAACUGCCUUUCUCUAGAAGAAUGGAAAUAGAGGCAGAUUAUAUCGGUCUCUUGUUAAUGGCUUCUGCUGGAUAUGACCCACAUGUGGCACCAAGAGUUUAUGAAAAACUGGGGCAAAUCAAUAAGGAUAGUGCAUUGGAUGAUUAUACCUCAACUCAUCCUUCAAGCAUGCGAAGAGUAAAAAUGUUGUCUCAGGCACAAGUGAUGGAACGAGCAGUGUCUGUGCACAAGGAUGCAGUUGCUGGUCAUGGUGUUUCUGGUUUUCUUUAGCUGCUUCAUUCAUCAAAUUCUUUUUCUAUUGUAAUUAAUUAAGUAGUUUGCCUAAUGCUCUAGACAAUAACAAAAAAUCAAUUUGCUAUCAAAUGAUGAUGGUUGUAAAUUGACUAAUAUUC